CCCCCCCCCCGCCGCUCGGUGCUGCAGGGAAGGCGAAGCGGAGGCGGCGGCGGGUGCUGGGCUGACAGGACAAUGGCGCUGCUCCCCUCGGCACGGAACCCCCUGCUGCUUCCCCCGGCCCGAAGGGGGCGCCCCAAGGCCCGAGGAGGGGCCCAGCCCAGCGUCAGUUGUAGCCGCCUUCGACAAAUUCAGAACAUCCUGACGCAGAGCAGCAAAUCCCAGCCAGAUGGAAUACUGUGCAUUUUGGGGAUUGACAGCCGAUACAACGAGGGCUGCCGGGAACUGGCAAACUACCUUCUCUUUGGCUUGUACAACCAGAGCAACAAUGAAUUUGAAAGAUCGGGGUUUCCUGAAGAGGUCCUUGACGAUGUGAUCCUACUAAUAAAGCCAGACAGCGUCCAUCUCUAUUGCAACCCUGUCAACUACAACUACCUUUUGCCAUAUGUAGCAUUCUGGAGAAACUUGCAUUUCCACUGCCUGACUGAAAACGAGUAUGAAGACGAAGAGGCUGCGGAGGAAUUCAAAAUUUCCAGCUUUGUAGACAUGGUUCGUGACUGCAGUCGAAUCGGGAUUCCCUUCAGCUCACAAGGACAUCUGCAGAUAUUUGACAUGUUCAUUGUUGAAAAGUGGCCGAUCGUGCAGGCCUUUGCCCUAGAAGGAAUCGGCGGCGAUGGCUUCUUCACAAUGAAAUAUGAGCUGAUGGAUGUCAGCGUGGACCUGUGGAAAACUUACAGCAAAAUUGAUCCUGUUUCUCUGGAGAGUUUACUUUACGAGGAUUUGAUGACUUUUGAACAUCAGUGGACCAAUUUCUUUGCCAAUUUUGACACUGAAAUCCCUUCCAUCCUGGAGCUGUCAGAGUCACAGGCAGGAGAGCCAUUCCGAAGUUACUUCAGCCAUGGGAUGAUUUCCAGCCAUAUCACGGACAACAGUCCCAGCAGGCAGCCAUUUGUACUGUUUGGCACCCAUUCCUCAAAAGAGAACCUGAACUCGGGCAACUUCAAUUUCCCAUCUGAGGGGCACCUGCUUCGCAACACGGGCCUUGGCGGAAGCACUGCCAAGCACAUGGUUGUGCAGUGUGUCUCGCCCAAGGGACCUCUGGCUUGCUCCAGGACCUACUUCUUUGGAGCCACUCACACGCCUUACCUUGGCAAUGACAAUGAGAUGGAAAAGAAAGCCGAACAAGUCAAGCUGCUCUCUCAAAUCUAUGCUGCAGCCGUAGACGCUGUCCUGGCUGGUAUAGACUCCUAUUCAAGAACAUCCAAUACCAGCAAGGCAAAGGAAUUAGCCGAGCAAACGUUCUUCAGUAUCCUCGAUGCCUUUGAACUGGCUUACUUUAAAACUCCAUUGCGCACCAGAAUAAAUUUUCAGAUUCAAGCUGUGAACAACCAUGGAAGAAUUAUUCCGCUGGAUAAUGAGGACAGCCUCUACUUAGUGAAAACAGUGUCCAUGACAGUAUAUGACAUUCCUGACUUGCUUGGCGGAAGGGGCUGCCUUGGGUCGGUGAUCUUCUCAGAAUCGUUCCUGGCGUCACAAAUUCUUGUGAAAGAAAAAGAUGGCAGCAUUAGCACAGAAACCAGCUACGUCAUUCUCACUGCAGCUAUCCCAAGAUCUGUUUCUUGGCUGGUUGAAGAUAACGAAGUUAAACUGUCGGAGAAGGCCCAGCAAAUCCUGAAGGAAGAAGAAACUUUCCUGGGAACCUUCCUGACGGGAGGCGACGGAGCCUAUAUUGCUUCCAGCAAUUCCCUGUGUAGACCAGAGGAAGGUAAGCUCUAUUUCUUCUCAGAGGGCCUUCUGUUCUGCCACCCGCACUACGGAAGCAUCACCAUAUCCAAGGCUCAAAUGACAUCCCUCAGGUUCUACGAUGGGGACUCCACGAGUGUUGUUGCCGCUCUCCUUAUCGACUACAAGAGCUCCCUGCUUGCUCACCUGCCGGUCCAGCUCCACACUCCAGGCAACUCUCUGAUGAUCGCGCUUUUCCCAAAGUCAAAGCUUUAUAAAGCUUUCUACUCACAGGUUUGCUCUGCCUGGCAACAGCGGGGGAAUUCGGGAGUAACCUUGAAGAUGACCCAGGAUGGCUGCCUGCCUGUAGAACAGGAGAAAUUGCAUACCAGCAUGCAGAAGCUUUUCACCGUCUUGUCCUGUCCCCCUGGAGAAAGAUGGAGCCAGCUGAGAAUAUCGGUCAGCCUCCCAGAUCUGGACAGAUUUCUACAGCACUUUACGGUCAGCAGCGUAAGCCGUGAGCCAGUGAUGAGAGCCCAUUUGCCAACGUUGCUGCAGCAGUCCAAAGCACUUCCUGACAACGAGGCGGAGAAUGAUAAGGUGGUGAUCACCAUCUUAACCGGCCUCCCGGGAUGUCGUUCGAGUGAUCUCUCUUCUUUCCUGGUCACUUUUAACAAAGAAUAUGGAAGGUGGCUUGUUUAUCGCCAGACCAUGGACAGCCCUGAAUGUUUCAGCGCAGCUCAUUUCCAACGGUUCCUGGCAAGCGUCCUUGAACCCCAGCACAGCCGAAGUGCCCGUCUCUCGGCUUACAGUAGGAAGAAAGUGAGGCUGCUGGUGGUUCUGCAAGGAUACACAGACGUGAUUGACGUUGUGCAGGCCCUCCAGACUCACCCAGACGCUGACGUGAAGGCUGCUUUCGUCAUUGGAGCCAUCAGUACUUGCGUCGAGCCGCUGAGUUGCUACAUGGAACACAGGCUUCUUUUCCCCAAGUUCCUGGACCAGUGCUCACAAGGUUUGGUGAGCAACGUGGUCUUCACAAGCCAUACAGCCGAGCAGAGACACCCACUCCUUGUUCAGCUCCAGAACCUCAUCCGAGCCGCGAACCCCACCGUUUCGUUCAUCCUGGCAGAAAACGGGGUCGUGACCAGGAAUGAAGACAUCGAACUAAUCCUAUCUGAAAACAGUUUCUCAGCUCCACAGAUGCUGACGACUCGCUACUUAACAUACCCUGGCUGGUACGAGGGCAAAUUCUGUGCAGGUUCCACCUUUCCCCCGAUGGUUCAGAUCUGUGUGUGGUUUAACCGUCCUUUGGAGAAAACACGAUUUGUGGCCAAGUGUAAAGCCCUGAAGUCCUCCAAAAAGUCAAGUCCUUUCUCCGGAAACGUGUACCACAUUUUGGGGAAAGUUAAGUUUUCAGAUUCAGAUCGGACAAUAGAGGUCUGCCACAACACCUCGUCCAACUCCUUAAGCCUGGUGCCUGUUCAGGAGGGGCCAACCCCUUUCCCUCCUCCUGAUUCAAGAAACGAUAGCCGGGAUCACAGCGGGCCACAGGAGUGCUUCCUGGUCUUCGUCGGCUGCUCCCUCAAGGAGGACGACAUCAAGGACUGGCUGAGGCAAACUGCAAAGCAGAAACCGCAGAGGAAGGCUCUGAAAACCCGGGGCAUGCUGACCUCGCAGGAGAUCAAGAACAUCCAUGUGAAACGCCACUUGGAUCCUCUUCCAGCUGGCUACUUCUACAACGGGACGCAGUUUGUGAAUUUCUUUGGCGACAAGUUGGAUUACCAUCCAUUGAUGGAUCAGUUCAUGAACGACUACCUGGAGGAGGCGAACCGUGAGAUUGAAGAAUACAACCGAGAGCUGGAGGAACUGGAGUACCACGACCUCUUUGAGCAGAAGACCUAAGCGAGACCCGCCUGUGCCAAGGCACAAAACCCUUGAUGAGAUUGGGGCAAAACGUCAGUGGCCAAGAAACGCUUUUUGUCCUUGCUGGCUAACAGGAAAAUGAAAUCACCCGUUUUUCAACUAUUCUUCUAAUAUUUAGCUUCCAUUCAUGUAAAGUUGGCCUUUUUUCUUUUCUUUUUUAAGAAAUGCUGAUGCGUUUCCACGUUAAUGUUGAGCUCUUGGUCCUUGAAUUCUCUUUGGCUUACAGUGGAAAGGAGAUGUGUGGCUUGCUUCUUGUUUUAAAUUACAAAGCUGCAUUUCCUAGUUUA